AUGACCAAUCUCACCGCCGCCGGUAACUCCACCUUCCCGCCGCCUUACCCGGCGGCGCACCACGAGAUCUCGACCCCGAACGCCGUUGCCUGCCUGGUGGCGCUCAUCACGGUCCCGAUGGUGGCCUACACCCUGUUCGUCGCCGUCCGGUGCUGCCGGAUCCCCGCCGCCGCCGCGGAUCCGGCAUCCGGACGAAAGACGCCGGAGAGGGUGGAGCUCGUCUGCGGCGUCAGGUUCCGGAAGGAAGGCGCCGCCGCGACAUCGGCGGAGGCGGCGGGGAUCAACGACCAGUGCCCGGUGUGCCUGUCGGCUUUCGCGGAGGGGGAGGAGAUUCGUCUGCUGGGCGCGUGCAGGCACGCGUUCCAUGAAGCGUGCGUGGAUAUGUGGCUGUACUCUCAUUCGAGCUGCCCUGUGUGCCGGGCAGCCGUACCGGUCAGACGGCCGAGGGUCAGGGCGCCGCCGGCCGGCGGGGAGGAGGACUUGCGGCAGGGCUUGCCUGAUGCUUCGGAUUUGAUUUGA